GUCUCUCAUUAGUGAGCAGAGGACAACCUGGGCGAUAUAAAAGACAGAAAGCGCGAGAGAGGAGGGUUAAAAAGAACAUCAGCCAGAUCUUCCCACUGUAGGCGAGGUCGGCACGGGGAAGGAGCGCGUCACGGCCUCAGAGACGCAGAGAGGAGCCGGAUUACCCAGUCAGCCCUAGCCCCGCACCCGGAGACUCGCUUUCCCCCGGCGGGGUUCUCAAGAGCAGGACACUCCUCGAGGAGGAACAUGAGGAAAUAACUCGGAUUUCUGGGUUCCAGCUUGGAAUUAAAUAUCCCGCUUGUUCGCCUUAACGCCCCGCAGUUCAGAUUGACCGGCGCAGCAUGAAACCCGAAGUCCACACCAACACACUGCCCGAGGACAAGGAGUCGCCUGUCUCUGCCAAGGGUCAAGGUGAGACGGACCAGGCCAAUGAAGAAGCUUCCCCAAGGAACCCCUUCCCGGGCGCAGUGGACCAAAGUCGGCGGCACCGCACGGCUUUUACCCGGGAGCAGCUGUCCCGCCUGGAGCAGGAGUACUGCAAGGAGACCUACGUGUCCCGGCCCCGGAGAUGCGAGCUAGCGGCGGCACUCAACCUCCCGGAGACGACCAUAAAGGUGUGGUUCCAGAACAGGCGGAUGAAGGACAAGAGGCAGAGGCACACCCUGACCUGGCCCUACCCCCUGGACCCCAGCCUCUACACCUACAUGAUGAGCCAGGCGGCCACCGGCCUGCCCUGCCCUUUCCUGCCCCACGUGCCCCUGCACCUGUACUCUCACCUGGGGCUGGGCAGCGGGGCCGUGCUCCCCAGCCCGUUCGGGGGGGCCCUGAGGCCCCUCGACCCCCUACGGCUCUCCCACGCUCCGUACCCCCGGCACGAGAUCCUCCCCGGGCUGCCCCAGCCCUCCAUCUACCCCCCCUCCCAGGGACUGCACCACCCCGCCGGCUGCCCCUGUCCCCUCUGCGUCUGCCAUAGGGGGCCUGACCACCUCCGCACCCCCAGCGCAAGGGGGGACCCCCUUCUGGGCCUGAACUCUUCUCUCGGCUUCAAGUCUGCUGCUGCACCCCUGGACGGCAGGGAGGAGGUGUCUGUGCCCAGAUAGAGGGUGGGCAGAGCCGGCGGGCAGGACUGGCACAGACAUUUGGAGGUUCAGUAUAUGAACACAGACUUCCCAUGGGGAUCUCCCAACGACGGGACUUCCGAGGACAUUCCUGCCGAGAGACGUCCUUGUGUGGAAAGAUGUUUGGUAGCAGGAUUGUGCGUCUCUGACCUCCUCCAUUUCUUCCCCUCUUUGCACGGGAGGACUGGGUUGGGGGUGAGGGGUGUGUGUGUGUCGGGGGGGUUAUGUUAUGCUGGCACACAUCUCAAGCGCUUCCUGGAAGAAGGGUCCCAAGCUGAAAAGAGAACAGUGGGAGAACUCUCCUGCAAAACCAAAAACAGGCUGUGAAUUCUGUCUUCGUAGGCUUAGGGAAACCGGGAGGUCUUGGCAGCUGGCAAAGGGGGGGGGACACUUGGGUACUCAGUGUGUCCAGGGGACCUGAAUUUAGGUCUCAGUUCAUGUUUGUGAAAUAGGGGCCACAUCUGAGCUGCAGAACCCACCAUCUUUCACCUGUGUCUUUUCCUUCCAGUCCUCUUGCCAUUUUGCUUCAAUAGGAAUUUUACCAACACCCCUGUACCCCUGUUUCUGGGGUGUCCGUGUCUCGCAGACUCGUUGAGACGGGCCCCCACACAAAGGAGCUCUGACUUCUCACACGCCUGUGCUGUGGAGGUCGAAGCUGGAUGGGUGCGCAGACAAUCGGCUGGGGUACAGGGAGUGGAGAGGACUGACCGGUGUAGUUGUAUUCAUUUCUCCGAGUUGGAGAGUGUGGGAGCUACUGGUUUACUGUAAAAACCUCUGGCUCGAUGGGUGGACAGACUCUCCUGUCAGAACAGGAUUUCCACUGGGAAACAUCCAACAAUGAAUCCUGUUAUUUAUGUGCCUUAACAUUUGCAGUUUUUGUUUUUGCUUUACUUGAAGCAAAAGAUUUGGAAGGAAGUUAAAACAACUAUGAACAUUUCUUAUUGGGUAAAACUAGUUUGGUUUUAUUUUUUAUUUUUAUCUUAUUACUGUUCAUCCAUUUUGCACUAUUGGGUUAAACACAACCAUGUCUAUGAUAUAUGUACAUUACCACUGUCCUAGAUAGAGUGUAUGUUGAGUGUGCACUGUACAUAUGUUCUGUAAAUUUUUGUAACUGAUCUGUAAAUUUAUUAAUAAACUAUUUAAGUACA